UAUAAAAACUCACGUUAACCACUUUUAGAAGAGGCUGCGUGUGUUUCUGUGCCGUUAUCGCGCUACAGUGACUGACAGCAGGUUUGGUCCUUUGGGGACGCCGUAGCGGGUGCGCGCGCAGUUUCCGUCCACUCCAAACCUCAGCAGGAAACUAUCAAAACAAACUGACAGCAUCCCUGCAGGUAAACCGGUCCGAUCGUUAUAAGUCAUGGACGGUGUACCGACGCCCCUGCGGUGCUUUAAUGAGCACCACUCCGCGGAGAAGCUGGUGGAUGACAGCGUGGUAACGGUGACUUCUGUGGAGCAGAAAAAAGUGGAACGCACCAUUGAAGAAGCCAUCGAUGUUUUCAAGCAAAUACACAGCUUCCCACAGCCAACGUUGUUGCGGGAACAACACUACCAAUAUCUCAGGAAGGGCUUACGUCACUUAUCAGAUGCUUAUGAGUGUCUGGAUGCUAGCAGACCGUGGCUCUGCUUCUGGAUUCUUCACAGUCUGGAGUUACUUGAGGAGCCUAUUCCUGCUGCUGUCUGCUCAGAAGUGUGUCAGUUUCUGGCUCGCUGUCAGAGUCCAACAGGCGGUUUCGCCGGAGGACCGGGACAACACGCCCACCUCGCACCAACCUAUGCCGCCGUCAACGCCCUCUGCAUCAUCGGCACAGAAGAGGCCUAUAACAUUAUAAAUAGGGAGAAGCUGCUAGAUUUCCUAAUGUCAGUGAAGCAGCCAGAUGGCUCGUUUGUGAUGCACGUCGGAGGGGAGGUGGAUGUCAGGAGCGCAUAUUGUGCAGCUUCUGUAGCGUCGCUCACAAACAUCAACACACCUAAACUGUUUGAGAACACGACCAACUGGAUCCUCAGUUGUCAGAACUGGGAGGGCGGGCUGAGCGGCGUGCCGGGGUUGGAGGCCCACGGCGGCUACACGUUCUGCGGCACGGCUGCCCUCGUCAUCCUGGGCAAAGAACAUAUGCUGGAUCUCAAAGCGUUGCUGAGGUGGGUAACGAGCAGACAGAUGCGGUUCGAAGGAGGCUUCCAGGGCCGCUGUAAUAAGCUGGUGGACGGCUGCUACUCGUUCUGGCAGGCUGGCAUCCUGCCUCUCCUCCACAGAGCCUUAUUCAAAGAAGGAGAGUCGGAGCUGAGUCUGCAGCGGUGGAUGUUUGAGCAGCAGGCCUUACAGGAAUACAUCCUCAUGUGCUGUCAGAACCCAUCAGGGGGCCUCGUGGAUAAACCUGGCAAAUCCAGAGACUUCUACCACACGUGUUACUGCCUGAGCGGCCUCUCCGUAGCACAACACUUUGGAAACAAGGACCACCAUCACGAGAUGAUCCUCGGCAGCGAGGAGAACAGACUGGCUCCGACUCAUCCGGUUUACAACAUUUGUCCAGAGAAGGUGGCGAAGGCCGUGCAGCACUUUCUACGGCUGCCGGUCCCUGGAGACAACAGACAACCAGGAGCCUCCGCUGACUACAGAGCGUCGGACGCCGCCACCGCCUCCGGAUCCACCGACCACGAGUCCUAGUGAGUCGUCAGCGGAGACGUCACUGUGUGUGAACCAGCCAGCUCUGGGGAACGGACUCAAACCAGCAAACAGCAGUCUGAUGUCUGACGUAGACGAGCCCGGGAAGAAACGGUCAGAAGGUCGACCGUCGGUAGGAAUGAGGGCUGUUUUGGCGUUUAGGAGGAGUUUGCCUGAAUAAAGGUCAACCGUUGUGCGUGGGCAGCUUAGCAUUCAGCUGAUUUUGUGCUUGCGAUGCCUAAUGUUUUCAUUCUCUGAAAUAAAAGUGGAACUUGGUAAUGUUUCAGUAUGAUCUAAGUUAAUAAAACUUUAUAUAGCAAUUUU